AUGACUGUCAGUGAAUGGAUGCGACCCAGGAUAGCCAUGCAAAAAAUUAAAAAUGUUAGCAAUGAAAAUACAAAUACAAAAGAAAUAGAUGAAUAUCAUAGAAAUUGCAAACAACAACGAACUGCGGCAGCAUGGUGUAAAACUUACGAUAUUGCAAUUUUGAAAGAAAAUUUACGCAAUUGGACCAGCGGAAAUCCUAGCGCUUUCAGCUCAAUAUAUUCUGCCAUAUGGAUGGAAGGUCCAAGGUGGAAUCUGGAUGAGGAAGCUGAAAGAUAUUGUGGAUAUGUUGUGGUGGGUCUUAUUACCAUUCAUAAACUAGGUCUUGUUCAUGGUCAUUUGCAUGGAGUGUCAUCUCAGCAAACUUAUGGCGUAAUACCUUUUGUUGCUCCAGAAAUAUUGGAUGGGAAUAGUACACCAACCAAAGAAUCUGAUAUGGCUUUGACCAACAGCAUCUCAACUUUGAUUGCUUCGGAAACUGGUAUCUCAGAAAUUUAUGAUAACCCUGAUCCAUCCGAUUUAUCUAAACAAUUUGAUGCUGUGAAGAAAUUUAGAUUUUAA